UAGUAAUUUUAGCGGCGGGAGUAGUUAGUCUUCCUGAAGAAUUUGGGAACUCAAAAGAGCCAUUGGUUCAAUGCUAUUUGAUUUCACAUCAAAUUUUGAAAAAGAAAAAUUCUGCCUUUCACUUUCAAAUUCCAUCAGAGUCAUUUCAUCACCUACACUGAUAAUUUGGACUCUUGAGUGCCUUUGAAGGCUUUUAAAGGAGUUUCUGAGACUGGGACUUAGAGUAUUUUGGUUUUCCUUCACUGGGUUUUUAUCAACAACCCUUUUUUCCCACCAUUUUUUUGGGAUUGAGAAUUGUUAGAGAGAAAAAAGAUGAUGAUUUUUAAGCAUUUUUGGACGAAGAGAACGUUGGUUGGACUUGGAUUGGGGCAGUUUCUUUCCCUUCUUAUUACUUCUACUGGCUUCUCUUCCUCUGAACUUGCUAAAAUAGGAAUCAAUGCACCAACAUCUCAGUCUUUUCUAAAUUAUGUGCUCUUGGCUGUUGUCUAUGGAGGUGUCAUGCUUUACAGAAGGCAAGCCCUGAAGGCAAAUUGGUAUUAUUAUGUUGUUCUUGGAUUGGUAGAUGUAGAAGCCAACUAUCUAGUUGUGAAGGCGUAUCAGUACACACCUAUAACGAGUGUCAUGCUGUUGGAUUGUUGGUCUAUCCCAUCUGUCAUGCUUCUGACCUAUAUUUUCUUGAAAACAAAGUACCGAUUCAGAAAGGUUGCUGGCGUUAUUGUUUGUGUUGCUGGUCUUGUCAUGGUCGUGUUUUCCGAUGUUCACGCAGGCGAUCGAUCAGGAGGAAGCAACCCUCGUAAAGGAGAUUUACUCGUUAUUGCUGGGGCAACACUCUAUGCUAUUAGUAACGUCAGCGAGGAGUUUCUAGUUAAGAAUGCUGAUAGAGUUGAACUUAUGUCAUUUUUGGGCCUCUUCGGUGCCAUUAUCAGUGCAAUCCAAAUCAUAGUCGAACGCAAUGAACUCAAAUCUAUUCAUUGGACAUCUGGUGCUGCAUUUCCGUUUUUCGGGUUUUCAUUGGCUAUGUUUCUAUUCUACUCGUUUGUACCGGUGUUACUCAAGAUGACUGGAUCCACAAUGCUCAAUCUCUCAUUGCUUACCUCGGAUAUGUGGGCUGUCGUAAUCCGAAUUUUUGCUUACCACGAGAAGGUUGAUUGGAUGUACUUUUUAGCGUUUUUUGCAGUAAUGGUUGGACUUAUCAUUUAUUCAGGUGGUGACAAGGACGACGAUCAAAGCCGAGAUGAGGUUGCCGAAAGAAGCAAGCAUUUCGAUGAGGAAGCUGGUUCCAACAACAUCAAUCGAGCAAGUAUGGCUGGGAGCUCCAAAAUGGGGAACGAUCUUACAACUAGCUUUGGCGGAAGGGAAAUUAUCGAGAAUAAGGGCAUCGGAAAACAUGUCCAGGGUGAGAAAUCAUGAUUUAUUUAUUACUUUCUCCUUUCAGAUUGUUAAACACCAUCUACCAUAGGACAUGUAAAAAGGAUUGAAUUCCAGUGCUUUCAAUAUAGGCCUUUUCAUUCCCCUUUCA